AAAGAAAAGGCUAAAGAGAGUCCUACUCUCAGCGAAGCUCAGCGCUGCAUAUGAACAACAUGUUCAUGGCAACAUCACGUAUGUCUCUAACUCUACCCCGCUUACUACUCUUCCACCCCAUCCAAAAAGGCUCCCCCUUUUCUCGUUCCCUUCAAGUACCCCACUCUUUUCCGAAGUCUCAUCUCUGUCCCCUCUGGUCCUCUUCCGUUUCCUUCUGCCUCCAAUCCCUCCACAACUCAAAGUCUACUUCUCCCUCCUCUUCUUUCUCUUCUCUCUCUCCUCCUUCAAUGGCUGCCGCAACUGCCGCUUCUCUCGGAGAGGAGGGUAUCGAGGGCAAUCCCUUGUUGCAGGACUUUCAGUUUCCCCCAUAUGAUGCUGUUGAAGCCCAGCAUGUUCGGCCCGCGAUUCGUGCAUUGUUGAAGACGCUUGAAAAUGAUUUGGAGGAAUUGGAAAGGACGGUGGAACCAUCAUGGCCCAAAUUAGUGGAGCCUUUGGAGAAGAUAACUGACAGGUUGUCUGUUGUGUGGGGAGUAGUUAAUCAUCUUAAGUCUGUUAAAGAUACAGCUGAGCUCCGUGCUGCUAUUCAAGAUGUCCAGCCUGAAAAGGUGAAGUUUCAGCUAAGAUUGGGACAAAGUAAACCCAUCUACAAUGCAUUUAAAGCUAUUAAAGAAUCGCCUGAUUGGCCAACAUUGAGUGAAGCUCGGAAGCGUAUAGUAGAAUCACAUAUAAGGGAUGCUGUUCUUAAUGGUGUUUCACUUGAAGACGAUGAAAGAGAUCAGUUUAACAAUAUUGAACAGGAACUGAAGAAACUAUCUCGGAAAUUUGAGGAGAAUGUUUUGGAUUCCACAAAGAAGUUUGAAAAGUUAAUAACGGAUAAGAAAGAAAUUGAUGGAUUGCCAGCAUCUGCUCUUGGGCUUGCUGCACAAACAGCAAAGUCUAAGGGGCAUGAAAAUGCUACUCCUGAGGACGGACCAUGGGUCAUCACAUUGGAUAUUCCUAGUUUUCUUCCUGUUAUGCAACAUGCUAAGAACCGUGCUUUGCGUGAGGAAGUAUACCGUGCUUAUGUAACUCGUGCAUCUAGUGGUGAUUUGGACAAUACUCCGAUCAUUGUUCAGAUAUUGAAGCUUAGGUUGGAAAAGGCUAAGCUUCUCAAUUAUAAUAACUAUGCUGAGGUAAGCAUGGCAAUGAAAAUGGCAACGGUUGAUAAAGCUGAAGAACUCCUUGAGAAGCUAUGCAGUGCUUCCUGGAAUCCUGCAGUUCAAGAUAUGGAAGAUCUCAAGAGUUACUCUAAAAGUCAAGGUGCAUCUGAAGCUGAUAAUUUGAACCAUUGGGACAUAAACUUCUGGAGUGAGAGGCUUCGGGAAUUAAAAUACAGCAUUAAUGAGGAAGAACUCCGUCCAUAUUUCUCAUUGCCAAAGGUUAUGAAUGGCCUUUUCAACCUCGCUAAUACACUUUUUGGAAUUGUUAUUGAGCCUGCCGAUGGUCUAGCCCCUGUUUGGAACAAUGACGUCAAGUUCUACUGUGUCAAAGAUUCUUCAGGUACUCCAAUAGCUUACUUCUACUUUGAUCCAUAUUCUCGUCCAUCAGAGAAAAAGGGAGGUGCGUGGAUGAAUGAAGUUGUUUCUCGAAGUCAAGUACUGUCACACAAUGGUGCUGUGAGGUUGCCUAUUGCUCACAUGGUAUGCAAUCAGACACCACCAGUUGGGGACAAGCCAAGUCUUAUGACAUUUCGUGAAGUUGAGACUGUCUUCCAUGAAUUUGGACAUGCACUUCAGCAUAUGCUAACCAAGCAAGAUGAGGGUCUAGUUGCUGGCAUUCGGGGGGUUGAAUGGGAUGCUGUUGAGUUACCCUCACAGUUCAUGGAAAAUUGGUGUUACCACAGGGAUACUUUAAUGAGCAUUGCAAAGCAUUAUCAAACUGGGGAGAGUCUCCCUGAAGAUGUGUAUUUGAAGCUCCUUUCCGCGAGGACUUUUCGUGCUGGUUCUCUAAGUCUUCGUCAAAUUCGAUUCGCCAUUGUGGAUUUGGAACUACACACCAGAUAUGCCCCUGGUGGUUCAGAAUCCGUUUAUGAUGUUGAUCAGAGAGUUUCAAGGAGGACACAAGUGAUGCCUCCAUUACCAGAAGAUAGAUUCCUUUGUAGUUUCAUGCACAUAUUUGCAGGUGGAUAUGCUGCUGGGUACUACAGUUACAAGUGGGCAGAAGUGUUGUCUGCAGAUGCUUUCUCUGCAUUUGAGGAUGCUGGAUUAGAUGAUAGCAAGGCUGUUAAAUUAACUGGCCAGAAGUUCCGAGAGACCGUUCUUGCUCUUGGAGGUGGAAAGGCACCAUUAGAUGUCUUUAUUGAAUUCCGAGGUCGUGAACCUUCACCAGAGGCACUACUCAGGCACAAUGGACUUUUGUCAGUCGCAGCCUCUGCAUGAUUAAUUUAGUUUCAGAUUUCCAUACAGGAUUAGUAAAAGACAGACACAGACUAGUUAAUUAGGCCAUUAGUGUUUUUGCUUUGCACUACUUUGAUUAGUACUCAUUUUAGCUGAUGUUUCGAUGAUGCGAGCUCUGACAUCUAUAACGCUCUUCGCAUCAUUGUUUGAAUUUAUUUUUAAGAAAUGCAAUUAUUAUUUUUUUGGCUGGCAGUGAUUGAUGCUUCU